AUGAAGGGAAGUAGCAAAGAUGAUGACGCACUUAUGGUACCUCAGUAUUGGGAUGCUUUUAUUACUUUCAGGCUUGAAAGGGACAGGAAAGUGAAUGGUGUCACAGAAUCCAACAAAGGAUUGGGGGACUGUCCUACAGGAGUUGUGAAGGAAUGUGGCCAUAGCCCAGACCUCACUGCCCAAAGAACAAAUACCUCAGUCUUCCUCUUUCACCACCAAUUAUUGGAACCCAUCUGGAAGCCAGAAGGCAAAACAAACCAGAUUUUGGUGAAGCAAUCUCCCAUGCUCGUUGUGUACAACAAUGCAGUCAACCUUACCUGCACUUAUACGUACAACAUUUUAUCAAAGGAGUUUCGGGCAUUCCUGUACAAAGGUGUGGAUAGCUCUUUGGAAGUCUGUGUUGUGAGUGGAAAUUACUCCAAUCAACUUCAUUUUUACUCAAAUGCGGGAUUCAACUGUUCUGUGACAGUGGGCAAUGAAACAGUGACCUUCAACCUCUGGAAUUUGUACACCAACCAAACAGAUAUUUACUUCUGCAAAAUUGAGCUCAUGUAUCCUCCUCCUUACAUAGACAACCAGAAGAGCAAUGGAACCAUUAUCCAUGUCAAAGAGAAACAUAAAAAAUGUCCUGAAUCUAAUAUGAUAUAUUGGAUACUGUUGGUGACUGUUGGAUUCUUGGGUCUCUAUAGCUUUCUAACAACAGUGUAUCUUUGUAUUUUGUGGGUCAAGAAUAGGAAUAAGAGAAUGCUUCAGAGUGACUACAUGAACAUGACCCCUCAGAGAAUGGGCCCUACCCGCAAAUACUACCAGCCCUAUGCCCCAGCACGGGACUUCGCGGCCUACAGAUCCUGA